AUGGCAUUUGCUAAAACAUUGAAAGAACAGAAAUUGCACAUUUUCUGUGAUUAUUGCUUCAGAAACAUUACUUUUCACACAUAUUACAGAUGCGAAGAUUGUAAGUUUGAUUCGUGUGAAGCCUGUUUCUUUCAAGAGUUAGAAACCGAUAUUCAUAAAAAGACACACAAAUUUAGAGUUAUAUCAAAUCUCGAGACGUGCCCAGACUCGUCAAAUUGGAGGAUGAUCGAUGAGCUUCUGCUAUUGGAUGGACUACUUUCAUGUGGAUUUGGAAAUUUUGAUGAUAUUUCUAAAAUUUUACCUGCAAAAGAUCAGAAUGAAGUUAAAAAGCACUUCUAUGAACUUGUGGGGAUUGUUGAUAAUGAGGAUGGGGAGAAAAGCUUUGAAAUAAUCCCAAAAAGCAAUCCAAAUGACUCAUUUAUUGCCAGUUUUAUGUCGAAAAGAAAAGAGUUUGAUUCAGAGAUCCUUAAUGAAUACGAAGCACUCAUUGAAAAUCUUAUUUUUGAGGACGACGAUAGUGAACUGGACACCGAAUUUAAAAGAUACUUAUUGAAUAACUAUAAAACUGUCCUAAAGCGUCGAAAAGUGUGGAGAAAUUUUAUCUUCGAUAGAAAUCUUACUGAUGUAGAACGCUAUUUAGAUAAAGAGAAAACGGACAUUGGUGAAGUUGCUGGGAGGUUGAAAUGGCUUGCUCAGUUUAUUUCGAAGAAUGACUUUAACGUUUUUAUUGCUGGUCUUGUCAGGGAAAAGCGGUUAAAAGAGUCAUUAUCAAAAAAUCCAGAAUUUCUUUCAGUUCAGAGUGAAAACUUGAUGAACAAUACUGCAAACUUGUCUGAAAAGGAACUGAAGCUUUGUAUUCAGUUGAAGCUAGCUCCUGAGUUAUACAUCAAGCUAAAGAAAAUGGCAAUUGAAAGAUACUUAGCACGGCUUCCACUCAAAGCCGCCCUUUUAGGCCUAUUUCGAAGCGAGGAUCAUGAAAGAGUCAUGGUUCUAUACAAAUGGUUUUUAGACCAGAACAUAGUCAUUGAAAAUUAG